AUGACGAGCUUCAUCGAGAGAAAGGUUAACGAAAUCUGUGGGCGUUGGUUGGACGGCUUCACGAAGGACAAUGUCGACGUUUCCCUCCUGCAGGCUAAGAUCACACUCUCCGACCUGCACUUCAAGACGGACGAGCUGUGUCUUCUGUCUCCAACCUUUGCGCCGUCUUUCUUUUACGUGGGGAAGCUGUCCAUCGAUAUCCCCCUCGCCUGGAACUUUUCUCGGCCGGUCAAGAUGGCAGUGUCGGACGUGUUGGGUGUCAUCAGAGUAUGCGAUCACGGGAGCAUGCAGGCUGAGGAUGCGCGAAGGAGCAUCAGCGCGAAUGUCCACGUGAAGGCGAUCUUAAGCAAGCUGGCGGAUGAGCUGGGAGGCGGUGGGGCAGACGAGGGCAAGAGACCAGCCCGAAUGAACCUUCAAACCGCCUACAACCUGCACAAGGUGAUGCGGAAGUUGGAGGUUACCGUGAAGAACGCACACGUGAGAGUCGAGGAGCCUCGCCGAGAAGUGAAUGACGAGAGCAGCUCACACCAAGGCUCUUCCUCCCCUGCGGUAGCGUUCGGGGUGUGCUUGCGAGGCAUAUCGUUGGGGAUGGACGAGGCAGCGGACGUGGAAGCCGACGGGGGCUUGGCUGGAGCGAGGUGGCUCGGGAAGAAAUUCCGUGCGAUGGAGACUGCUCUUCUGGGAAAUAUUUCGCGGUAUGACGCCGUGGAUGGAGCUCUGGACGCACACAGCAACGAACAACGUGACGCUCAAGCUCAUGGUCGAAGUGACACCGGAAGCGAUGGUGUAGAUGACACCAGCGGCGAAAAGGCGGCUUCCGAUGAAUCGACAACCUCGUCGACGUUGGCCGUCACCAAGUUUGCCAGCGUGCGCGGUGCCUCGGUGUACUUCUGCCGCGAUGAGGAGUGCUACAGCGCAACCGACAGAGAGGAGACCCUGCGCAGGCUGAGGGAAGACUUGAGGAGCCCCCCGGCAGCACUGCCGCCGCUCCUCAGACGGUGCAGGGGUGGUGUCGGCCUCAGGGUAGUGCUUUCCGCGAAGGAGUGGGGCAAGAUAGAGUCCAUGGAUAUUCGGCUCCUGGGCGGUGACAUCAACCUGCAGGUUGGAGAUGACCAGCUGGGAUACCUGCUUAGGUGGGCCUCACUGCUAAACGGGCACAUGCGGACGCUGGCGCUGUCCGCUCUUCGGCCCGCGAGGGACUUGGUACCCGCGACCCUACCGAGCGAUAGCAGUGGGCGUAGCGGCAAAUCGCGGUACUAUCGAGCACUGUGGAGGCUUGCGGUGGGCGUCGUGCUGCGGGACCUACGGUCAUCUGCAUGGCAGCGAAGCGAAAACGCGAGGAACAAUCUGCAGUCCGCGCAGGCGGCGAGGAGUGAGAUUUUCGACCGGCCCUGGAGCAACGAGGAGCGCGAGUACAGAGCUGCCCGCGGGUUGCUGUGGCGCACAUGGUUCGCUGAGUGGGUAGGGGCGGCACGAUAUCUGUCUUUGAGGCAGCUCUUGCAGACAAGGCUCGUGGUGGAAAACUUCUCAGACAAGUCGGGCGGGAUCCACAACAGGCUCUACGAAGACCUAGAAGUGCAGUCGAGCACACAGAAAGUGACGAAGAGCAGCGGCGCCACGGGCAAGCGUACCGGAGAGAGAAAACUGGCCAGGUACCUCAUGCCUUGGGAGCUUCCACAGGAGGACGUCGAUAAAGCCUGGGGUCUGAUCAACAGGAAAACUUGGCGUUGGGAGUUACGGGGAGCAGGAGGGUUCAAGCUUGCCAUCGAUGAGGAACGGGCGGAGCAGGGGCAGCUUGACCCAGCCGUGCUGCAGGCCUUGUGGUCGAUACAGCUGCAGCUUGACGCACAGCUGCCCCACCGGAUCUGCGCGUUUGCUAGGCGAAUGGCAUUCCUCCGCUUUGGCUGGCGGAGUAGGAUCGACAAGCUCUGGCAAGCCCGCGCGGAGAAGCAGCGCCGCCUUGGCCUAGGAGUCGGAGAUCCACCGGCCCCGCCCCGCCUGACCCCCAACGACUCGAUAUCUUUCACGGCUAGCGAAGCGGGAUUCAUGGGCUUGUCUGAGGCCGAUACUAACGAGGCGGCCGAAACCACUGUGGUGGAAGAAGCAGGAGAUGGAGCGGACCGUGUGGGAACGCUGUUGGUCCGCAUGGGACAGCUGGAUGGGGUGGGUGGGGUUGGUCUGCUGUCCGUGGCUCCAAAAGCGAUCGCGACGUUGAUGCUGGAAGAGAGCAGUGCCACCCUGGAGGAAAUGAAUCUUGAGACUAACUCCACCGAGGUUGCGAAGUAUGAUCACAAGAACGAGCGCUGCUGUUGGCACGAGACUUUCCGUCUGCAGACGGUCGAGGCUGUGCCUCGCAGUAGCUUCCUGCUGUCCGUAACAUGUCUCGAUAAGAGCGUCUUCGGGGUGACUCAGCUGGGGACAAUGACCCUACCUGGCAAGCAGCUCACGUCCGUUCCGCUCAAGGUUCUGGAGCACCGCUGUGCCCUUUUCUCGCCAGCAGCAGUGAGCCGGCAGCCUCGCGAGUUGACUAUUGAGACCAUCUUCGUACCGCCCGGCGAAGACGUGGCCCUCGCCGAGCAGGAGCUGAGUGCCAUCGGAAAGCGAAGACGUUUGCAGGAAAAACUGGACAUGGCCACAUCCAAGCCAAAGUCAUCCUUCCGCCGAAAUAAGCCUGCCCGCGGGUCCCCGGCGGCGCUCGACGCGUCCGCGAAGCCGCAGCGCACUUCCCUCGAUAACGUGGGGGAGCGCGAAGUCAAGGUUCUCUCGUUGGUCGCCGGUUCCGCGGACAACCGCAGCGGUCAAGCCAACGAAGAGCCUGCCGCACCUGGCACCGAGGACAAGGCUCGUAGUGUACAGCGCAGCAUCCCGGUAGUGGACACGCACACGCCGGGAACGGUAGAGAUGAGCAUGCGUGCGGCCGGGGUGACGAUGGUGACCUAUCUUGUCUCCAGCGCGUCGUUGGCGCGAGAAGAAGGCGGACGGGGAUCGUCGCAACAAGGUGUUGUUGUGACGCUGACUGAAGCCUCUGCCCGGCAAAUCGAGGCUUGCGCCAAGAUGGACAUUGUCCGCGGCACGUUUGCGGUCGCCUUGGAGGCCGCCACAAUACAGCUUUUGGACAAGAGCCUUUUGCGAGCAGCACCAACAAAGACAGGAAGCCCUUUGCCCGCGGAACCGGAGGACGAGGAGGCGAACGCCCCCCACCCACAGCUGAUGAUGGUGGGACCUGUGGGCGUUGCUAUAGCUUCCACGCGGUACGUUCGAGUGUACGAGCACGCACCACCUUGGUCGAACGGCGAUGAUCCAGGGAUGGGUGCGCCGCCCGAGGCCCACACGGCACCAAAGCCGCCAGCGCCAGGCAGUCAGUUGUCGAGCUACCAAAGAGGCCGAAUGGACAACAACGCUUCAGUCGAUGGGCGCGAUCCACAAUUUCGGGAUGUAUUGGGGACGUGGCCGAUGUGGGACUGGAGGGGUCGUUUCACAAUCGGGGCGUACACGGUAGAGCUCGGCAAGCAUCGUGAUCCCUCUGGUAUGGAAGAGGUGUGGAGACAUUUGCGUUUUUCCAUGCCCAAGUCGGCGCUAGAAGACACGCAAGUCCUGCACGGUGGCACCAUCGAUCCUUUUGGAGGUGCACAGAGCUCGACGUGGCUGCUGAGGGCUGGUGCGAGAGGUCUUGGCGUGGAAGUGCAGAUGCCCAAGCACGAGCGAAGCGAUGUUCCCCACGACGCAUCGCCCAAACAGUACGUGUACGUGAGCUCAAGCGAAAGCGAGACGUGCAGCCCACCGCUUUCGCCAUCGUCCCUGUCUCCACCGUCACCAGCAGCCAACGGCGUGGGAGAAGGCGGGGCAUCUUCUAAUGCCCCGCCGCAUUUGAGCCGGGAAGCAAGCGUCUAUUUCCCGUCAGCCCAAGAACACAACUCUGCCGAAUGCGUUGGGGGUGGCGUCGAAGAAGCCGACAACCCUCCCAUAGUGACUAGCCCAUCGGUUGGGGAAAGCACAGUGAGGAACGAGGGCAUUGAAGGCGACAGCGCCGCACUAGCUGGCGAGCCUGACCCACAAACGACGCCGAGCAACGAGGAGCUUGUGCGGCGGGUGCAUGAGCUGGAAGCAGAGCUCAAGUCUCUGAGAAUGUCGGCGGCAGCGGCGGCGGAGGCGGCGGCGAAGACUGUGGCAGCGGCAACGGCAGCGGCGGUAACGGCUGCUACGAUGGGCUACUCAACUCAAGAUGUUGAGGCAGGGAGUACUCAUGCCCCAGAGACUUGAUGAGGUUGGGCACUGUUGCUGCGGCAUCGAUCCUGUAAUUUCCACGUUUGAUGGGUUUGUUUGGUAGAUUUAGGUUCGUUUCGUUUUGUAUGUAUUAUCAAGGCAAUGGUGCAUGGCUCACAAGAAGGCGAUCGUGUGUUUUUGUUCAGAGAGGAGGGACGAGAGGUGAACCACGUGCCGCGGUGUCGCCCUCUUUUGCCUUGCGCGGAGACCCGUUUCAUUUCUGUUUGUGUAGGAUGGGCGCAGAAUGCCGGGUGGCGCAGAAUGCCGGGUACACAAUUUUGUAGUUUAUCCGGCGUUGACAUGUUCGGCAGAAGGUACUCCGGAAACCUGUGGUAUGCAUAGCUUGUGG